AUGGCUGACCGGUCAACUCCAUGGCUGACCAGUCAACUCCCGGACUGCUCAGCCAUGCUCCCUUGGAAAACUUCCCUCAACGAGUUGACCAGUGAUUUGGUCAAAGAGGCGUUCAUUGGUGUCCUUGAUAAGAGGAGUUUUAAAAGCAAGUCACCAGGUCCAGUCCACACUCAAGGAGAGGAGGUUACACAAAAGCAUGAAUACCAGGAGAAGAAAGCUGUGACUAACAACACCACGGUGAAAGCCACGGUCAUAUCUGCUGCCUCUGUCCAGAGUGCCAGCAGCGCUAUCAUUAAAGCUGCCAACGCCAUCCAGCAGCAAACUGUCGUGGUGCCGGCAUCCAGCCUGGCCAAUGCCAAACUCGUGCCAAAGACUGUGCACCUUGCCAACCUUAACCUUUUGCCUCAGGGUGCCCAGGCCACCUCUGAACUCCGCCAAGUGCUAACCAAACCUCAGCAACAAAUAAAGCAGGCAAUAAUCAAUGCAGCAGCCUCGCAACCCCCCAAAAAGGUGUCUCGAGUCCAGGUGGUGUCGUCCUUGCAGAGUUCUGUGGUGGAAGCUUUCAACAAGGUGCUGAGCAGUGUCAAUCCAGUCCCUGUUUACAUCCCAAACCUCAGUCCUCCCGCCAAUGCAGGGAUCACAUUACCGACGCAUGGGUACAAGUGCUUGGAGUGUGGGGACUCCUUUGCACUUGAAAAGAGUCUGACCCAGCACUACGACAGACGGAGCGUGCGCAUCGAAGUAACGUGCAACCAUUGUACAAAGAACCUCGUUUUUUACGACAAAUGCAGCCUCCUUUCCCAUGCCCGUGGGCAUAAGGAGAAAGGGGUGGUAAUGCAAUGCUCCCACUUAAUUUUAAAGCCAGUCCCAGCAGAUCAAAUGAUAGUUUCUCCGUCAAGCAAUACUUCCACUUCAACUUCCACUCUUCAGAGCCCUGUGGGAGCUGGCACACACACUGUUACAAAAAUUCAGUCUGGCAUAACUGGGACAGUCAUAUCGGCUCCUUCAAGCACUCCCAUCACCCCAGCCAUGCCCCUAGAUGAAGACCCCUCCAAACUGUGUAGACAUAGUCUAAAAUGUUUGGAGUGUAAUGAAAUCUUCCAGGACGAGACAUCACUGGCUACACAUUUCCAGCAGGCUGCAGAUACGAGUGGACAAAAGACUUGCACUAUCUGCCAGAUGCUGCUUCCUAACCAGUGCAGUUAUGCAUCACACCAGAGAAUCCAUCAGCACAAAUCUCCCUACACCUGCCCUGAGUGUGGGGCCAUCUGCAGGUCGGUGCACUUUCAGACCCACGUCACCAAGAACUGUCUGCACUACACGAGGAGAGUUGGUUUUCGAUGUGUGCAUUGCAAUGUUGUGUACUCUGAUGUGGCUGCUCUGAAGUCUCACAUUCAAGGUUCUCACUGUGAAGUCUUCUACAAGUGUCCUAUUUGUCCAAUGGCGUUUAAGUCUGCCCCAAGCACACAUUCCCACGCCUACACACAGCAUCCUGGCAUCAAGAUAGGAGAACCAAAAAUAAUAUAUAAGUGUUCCAUGUGCGACACUGUGUUCACCCUGCAAACCUUGCUGUAUCGCCACUUUGACCAACACAUUGAAAACCAGAAGGUGUGUGUUUUCAAGUGUCCAGACUGUUCUCUUUUAUAUGCACAGAAGCAACUUAUGAUGGACCAUAUCAAGUCUAUGCAUGGAACAUUGAAAAGUAUUGAAGGGCCUCCAAACUUGGGUAUAAACUUGCCUUUGAGCAUUAAGCCUGCAACUCAAAAUUCAGCAAAUCAGAACAAAGAGGACACCAAAUCCAUGAAUGGGAAAGAGAAAUUGGAAAAGAAAUCUCCAUCUCCUGUGAAAAAAUCAAUGGAAACCAAGAAAGUGGCCAGUCCUGGGUGGACGUGUUGGGAGUGUGACUGCCUGUUCAUGCAGAGAGAUGUGUACAUAUCCCACGUGAGGAAGGAGCACGGGAAGCAAAUGAAGAAACACCCCUGCCGCCAGUGUGACAAGUCUUUCAGCUCGUCCCACAGCCUGUGCCGGCACAACCGGAUCAAGCACAAAGGCAUCAGGAAAGUGUACGCCUGCUCGCACUGCCCAGACUCCAGACGUACCUUUACCAAACGUUUGAUGCUGGAGAAGCACGUCCAGCUGAUGCAUGGCAUCAAGGACCCUGACCUGAAAGAAAUGACAGAUGCCACCAAUGAGGAGGAAACAGAAAUAAAAGAAGACACUAAGGUCCCCAGUCCCAAGCGGAAGUUGGAAGAACCAGUUCUGGAGUUCAGGCCUCCCCGAGGAGCAAUCACUCAACCACUGAAAAAGCUGAAAAUCAAUGUUUUUAAGGUUCACAAGUGUGCCGUGUGUGGCUUCACCACCGAAAACCUGCUGCAAUUCCACGAACACAUCCCUCAGCACAAAUCGGAUGGUUCUUCCUACCAGUGCCGGGAGUGUGGCCUCUGCUACACGUCUCACGUCUCUCUGUCCAGGCACCUCUUCAUUGUACACAAGUUAAAGGAACCUCAGCCAGUGUCCAAGCAAAAUGGGGCUGGGGAAGAUAACCAACAGGAGAACAAACCCAGCCACGAGGAUGAAUCCCCUGAUGGCGCCGUGUCAGACAGAAAGUGCAAAGUGUGCGCAAAAACUUUUGAAACUGAAGCUGCCUUAAAUACUCACAUGCGGACACACGGCAUGGCCUUCAUCAAAUCCAAAAGGAUGAGCUCAGCCGAGAAAUAGCCACAGAUGCUCCAUGAGGAAAAUCCCUGUCCACAUUGGAAUAAAAAAGACAUUUUUGUUACAAAAAGUUUGCAGUAUAAUAGAGUUAACAGUACUGUCUAGGCUGUUGCAAUAUAUUCUCUUUCAACGUACCUUCCUUCACCUCGUCGUAUAUAUCCUCGAUAAGUAUUAAAACAGUAUUUGAGUUUAAAAGAGUUUGUAUAUAUUUAAAUGAAUAACUUUUUAUACUCUUUGUUACAUGUUUGUAUCAGUAUUUAGUGGAAAACCAUUUGAGUUGUUUUGGGUUAGAAUUUUUCUUUUUGUACUGUUUCUUUAAAACAGAGUUCUUAGUAACAGGGGCAGUUCCUGAAUUCAAAUAAACCAUUUUGUAUGUUUGGAUUUUGAA